UUAAAUACUCUAAAACCCUUUGUGCAGAAAAACCCUUUCCGCCAUUGUAGCAACUCACUCUCCACAGAUUUUGAAGCAACAAAAAUGGGAAAGAAGAGAAAGCGCAUUGAGAGUAGUGAAGUUGUUGCACAGCCCAAAAAGGAAGAUGCUGCCCCAGAGAGACCAGCGAGGACCCUUUUGGGUUGGAAGGAUAAGAGACAAGUCACUGAUGAAGUGGACGACAAUAAGGUUGUUUCACCAAUAUUUAGGAACAAAGAGAAGGUCUUGGUCACUUGCUCUAGACGCAUCAGUUACAGGUACCGACAUUUGAUGUUAAACUUGGUGUCACUUAUGCCGCAUUGCAAGAAGGAUAACAAGGUAGAAUCAAAGGAAACUAAAGGCGCUACCCUUAACGAGCUUGUUGAGCUCAAAAGUUGUUCCUCGUGUUUAUUUUUUGAGUGCAGGAAGCAAAAAGAUCUUUAUCUCUGGAUGGCCAAAUGCCCCAGUGGCCCAUCUGUAAAAUUUUUAGUUAGUGCAGUGCAUACAAUGGAGGAGUUGAAACUAACGGGAAAUCACCUAAAAGGUUCCCGACCACUUUUGACGUUUUCUGCAAAUUUUGAAAAGGAUGCACAUUGGAGACUGUUAAAGCAGAUGUUAUUACAGAUAUUUGAAAUACCAAAGGACCAUAGAAAGGCUAAACCCUUCCAUGAUCAUGUUUUUGUUUUCUCAAUAGCUGAUGACCACAUAUGGUUCCGGAAUUACCAGAUUUCUGCUCAUCAUAAUGAAUCAGACAAAUUACCAAGGGGAGGCCUUGAUAAAAUGACAUUGAUUGAGGUGGGUCCACGGUUCUGCUUGAACCCAAUUAAAAUAUUUGGUGGCAGUUUUGGAGGCCCAACAUUAUAUGAGAAUCCAUUCUAUGUAUCUCCAAAUCAGAUUCGGGCUUUGGAGAAAAAGAAGAAGUCUGGAAAGUUUGCGAAGAAGGUCAAAGCAAAGACAAGGAGGAAAAUGCAUGAGAUGUCUAAUCCUCUGGAGCCUGAUGAGUUUGCAGAUAUGUGGAAAGAUUGAUUUUAAAUGCAGCAGCAGCUAAAGAGUAAGAAAAAAAAAACCAUAUUCCACCUUAUAAUGAACAGUUUUUGAUGUGAAUUGUUUUAUAUGUAUAGCAAUAUCCUCCAUAGCAUGCAUGUAAGGGAGACUUUUUUAUUCUUCAAUGUUAUUUUCUGUAAUUCUUGCGGGGGCUUGUUGUUCUCUUAUCAAACAUUGAUUUUGUGGAAAUUAAAUUUUGGCAUAGAAAGAUUUCAGUUUUGAGUAA